CUGUAAUAGCAACAUUUCCGACAGCACCCAAAGGCAGCAUCGCAUUCCCCCGUCGCCGUUGUCUCCUCCUCCUGCCUUUCGUCGCCGUCUCUCCAUCCCGCAAGAAGUAAAUUCAGUGUGCAGACCCGGGUGCCUUAACCUCUGUCACUGCAUGCAUGAACAUAUCACGGCAAAUCCUUAAUUCCUACAAGUUUGUAUGUCAUUCCUUUCGGGAAAACUGUACAAGAAGGUUUUGUACUUCACAGUGUACAAUGGCAUCACGACAUAAACACUCCAAAAGAAUUGAGGGCCUGGAUAAGAAUGUCUGGGUGGCGUUCACUUCAGUGGCAGCAGACCCAACCAUUGUCAACCUGGGCCAAGGCUAUCCAGACAUUCCUCCACCUUCUUAUGUCACAGAGGCACUGGCGAAGGCUGCAUCAGUGGACAGGAUGAAUCAGUACACAAGAGGCUUUGGUCAUCCAUCUUUGGUGAAGGCCCUUUCUCAGGUUUAUGGGAAGGUCUGUGGACACCAGAUUGAUCCCUUCAAAGAAAUACUGGUCACUGUCGGGGGCUAUGGCUCCCUAUUCAGCACCAUGCAAGCACUGGUGGAAGAGGGAGAUGAAGUCAUCAUAAUUGAACCUUUUUUCGAUUGCUAUGUACCAAUGGUACGAAUGGCAGGGGCCAAACCUGUGCUGAUACCACUGCGCCUUAAGUCUGAAAAGAAGAAAAACAUCACAAGUGCCGACUGGAUGCUUGACCCAGAUGAGCUUGCCAGCAAAUUCAGCUCUAAGACAAAAGCCAUCAUCAUCAACACCCCCAACAACCCAAUUGGGAAGAUAUUCAACAGAGAUGAGCUGCAAAUGAUAGCUGAUCUCUGCAUAAAGUAUGACACUCUGUGCUUCAGCGAUGAGGUGUAUGAGUGGCUCAUCUACAAGGGCCACCAACAUAUCAAAAUAGCCACUCUGCCUGGAAUGUGGGACAGAACAAUCACUAUUGGAAGUGCAGGGAAAACAUAUAGUGUCACUGGCUGGAAGCUUGGUUGGUCUAUAGGGCCUGAGCAUUUGAUAAAACACCUUCAGACCGUCAUGCAGAAUACUCUGUACACAUGCCCGACACCUUUACAGGAGGCUGUGGCACAAGGUUUGCAGCGGGACUAUCAGCUGAUGGGUCAGCCAGAGUGCUACUUCUCCUCACUCGCAGAAGAACUGGAAGGCAAGAGAGACCGCAUGGCUACCAUUAUUCAGGAGGCUGGUAUGUCUCCUGUCAUCCCAGAAGGAGGCUACUUUAUGCUCGUGGAUGUCACAGCUCUCAAUCAGGAUCUGUCACAUAUGAAUGACAAUGAGGCCUAUGACUACAAGUUUGUGAAGUGGAUGAUCAAGGAAAAGAAACUGGCAGCCAUUCCAGUCACAGCAUUCUGUGGAGAAGCAUCCAGCAAGCAGUUUGAGAAAUAUAUUCGUUUGUGCUUCAUCAAGCAAGAUAGUACUCUUGAUGCAGCAGAGAAAAUCCUGAAAAAGUGGAAUAAGAUAUAAUGUGAUGCAAUGUCAGCAGAGGUCUUGGUACAGUUUGAAGGGCUUGGGGCAAUUGUGAAACACCGAACGAAUUUGUUCACUAUGGCUGCAACAUGCUGCACAAAUGGGAAAUGGGUAAGGUAACUAACAGUUUUUAGUUAAAUUGUAUUAUGUGUUCACUGGCUAUAUGCAUUUUUUUCUUCUUUCUUUUUUUUCUGGUAUUUGUACUACCUUUAUACUUUCCUCACCCAACAAAGUCUUUCUAAUAACCAUAACUCAUUACAAUCAAACUCGUUCCCCAUAUUUUGUUUGUAAUGGAUCACCAGUGGGCCUGCGUGGUAUUCCAGAAAGCAUAUUUACCAAACUCUGACCCUUCAAAAACCCUACAGAAAACCCCAGCUAGGUUUUUUUGGGGAGUUUUUUUCUCGCCCACUAUGCAGAUUAAGUCAGGAUGUGUCAUCGUGUUUGUUGUAAAAUUAUGGGCAUGUAAAGCCUUUUGAGACUGUAAACAGUCAUAUUUGACUGAUCAGAGUCAGUCAACUCUGAGUAUGUUCACUCUGAAUUAAGCUCAUGCAGAUUGAAUGGAAAAAAAUCAUCAAUGAAGCUUCGAUACUAUGAUUCACCAUAGCAACAUAUAGACAAAAGGUAGAGCCUCCAUUUUAAUCCAGUGGAUGUAGAUGUGUGUGUAUGUGGACAAUGCACAUUUAAAAAAAAACUGAUUCAGAGUGGGCAAAGUGUCAAUAUGUGAACACAAUGAAGUUUUAUUCAGUAUUGUCCAUCAAGUCAUCAUUUACCAGACUUACAUUUCUUUAGCGGGUGAUUAAGUGAUGGAAUCAGACUGUGUAUUAGGCCAUAAAUGCAAUAUUUGUAAUAUCUGAAUGUAAGGGCAAUAACCAGUGUUCAAAGACAUGACUAAUAGAACUAAUAGAACAUAAAGUAUUAUCCAACCAGGAUUUUGAUUCUGACAGACAGUAAACCUUUGACAGGCAGUUUUAUUUGGACUAAAUCAGUGAGGACAUGAAACAGCCUGUCUGGUCCUGUUUGAGGGAGGAGACAGAGAGAAACUCAGGGUUCGUUAAAGAAAACCUGCCAUUGACAGGACAGGUAGACUCACAGAGUAAGUUACCGUGGUUACUGACCCCAAGUUUAAGUUACCUCUCUGGAACUGAAAACCCAGAGUUUCUCUCAUCUCAGGGUUAACAAACUUCUUUUCAUUCAACCCGCUUCUUGGAAUGCACCACUGCUCCUAGUUUUCUUUUACUUUUUAAAGUCUGGGUAACAUUACCUGUGGUGCUAUGAUCUUUCACAUCUGUCAUCUCAUACUGUGUAUCAAUAGUCUCACUAUUUUCUGUUUGCAUUCAUUUUCAUGUCUGCUUAUUCAGAUUCAUGCAUUAUUGAUUGCAUUAUUUACUGACUCAGUAGAUACAAAACAUUGUAAAUGUAUGGGUUUCACAUUAGGGGUGUGGUGUUAACAUUUGUAGGUUCUCUGACUAAUGAAUGUUAGUAUUGGAAUGACUUGCCACUCUGGUUAAAGUGUGCCAACUUUGAGUUACCAUAAACCAGUGGAGUAGACAGAUCUGGUGCUGAGCUGCUUUGUGACAAGUGUUAAGUUAUUCUUUAAAUUUUUACUCUACAAAGUACUGUGAUAUUUUAUUGAACCUUUUUGAAAUGCAGAAGUACAAAUGAAUAAUAAUGUUUUGGGGAAGGGUUACCCUCACUUUGGUAUCACAAAUUUAUACUCCAUUAUUGCCAAUAACAAUAAAAAUGCGUUUUAUCCUACAUAUUGAGUAGCGACUUCCAAAAUCAGGACUUUGGUGUCUGCUGUUGGAACAACAAGCUGUACUUUAAACACACAAGUAAUGCAGGUCUGUGUAAGUUCAAGUUCAUUUUUCUAUAUAGCCCUAGAGAGUGUAUCUAUCCUACAAAGCCUUGAUCCCCUGUAUAUACAAAUCAGUGUACACAAAGUCCAUGUUAUUGAAAUGUCAUUCUAAACAAUAAAAUUUUAGAAUAUUUACCGAAUAAAACCAUUUCUUAUUUGCAGUGUUUACUUUAUCAAGGGGUGUUGUGUGACAUCUAUCAAGUCUGUCAGUAAUGAAGUUGUUCUUUCUGCACCUGAAAAUAAUGUAUGUUCAGAGAAGGCAGUAAACUCAGUUUUGACAGGGCAUUGUGCGUAGUAUUUGAACAAAUGAUAAAAAUCAAGAGCAACUAUUUUUAAAACAACUCAAAUUCAAAAAUGGUGAGAGGGAAGCAGUGGAAACAGAUGCAGCAGAGGC